AUGGAUACCGAGGUGGAAAGCCCCAUGGGUCUGGCCGUGACUCCCGGCUCUGCGACUCACCAAGAGUCUAUUCAGACUCCCUCCUCCGCCAACAAGAACAACUCCACCCCCUCGCCGACUUCCGCCAAUGGCCAGGCGCCCUCUUCGCAGUCAAGGCGUCCGCCUCGCAAGAGCACCUUGACCCAGCAGCAGAAGAACCAGAAGAGGCAACGUGCCACUCAAGACCAGCUCACAACCCUCGAGGUGGAAUUCAACAAGAACCCGACCCCUACGGCCACCGUCCGUGAGCGGAUAGCGGAAGAAAUCAACAUGACCGAAAGGUCUGUCCAGAUCUGGUUCCAGAACAGACGCGCCAAGAUUAAGCUUUUGGCGAAGAAGAGUCUCGAGACCGGUGAAGACAUUGAUUCCAUCCCCGAAUCCAUGCGCGCCUACCUCGCCAUGCAGGCGAUGGAAUCUGGCAAGGGUCUGGGCGGUCCAUUCCUCGGCCGCACCGGACUCCUUCCCUACGGCCACAACAGCAUGCUCCUCGGCGGCGACCAGAGCGGCCAGGGCAAAGUUUUGAUUCACCACCUUACUUGCCGUUCCCUCAGCAUCGGCAAGUGGACUCGCGUCGGACAGAACACGAUGGACCUCAUCAUCUUCUACUCCCCUGACAAGUGCACCAUGACCUACUACAUCAACAACGAGCAGGCUGGCUACAAGAUCGAGUACCCCUUCGCCUACAUCAAGAACAUCUUCCUCGAGAACCAGGAGGGCGACCCCAACAAGCCCGGCGGCAUCGUCAUCGAGCUGAACCGCCCGCCCAACUUCUUCAUGGACUCUUCUCCCCAGGCCAGCGGCUUCUUCCAGUGCGGCGACUUCACCGAGGACCAGCAGGCUUCUCAGUGCCUGGUUCACCACCUUGGCGGCAACCCCAAGGUCCUGAGCGGUCAGCUGGCCAAGCUCGUUUCCCUCGAGGCCUUCAUGAACCGCAACAACCCUCACCCCUUCAUCGACCAGCAGCACGCUCUCUCCGUCUCCGCCCCUGUUUCGCCCACGGGAAGACCUUCCUCGCAGCCCAACUUUGCUCAGCCUCACAUUGGCAUGUUCCAGGAGUCCUGGGGCAUCAACAACAUGCACCCCGGCAUGCGCGGCCCUGGCCACAAGAGACAGCGCAGUCGCUCCGUCCCCAUGGCUGUCGACUUCUCGAUGCUCCAGUCGCCGAUGCCCUCGUUCUACAUUCAGCACCCUGGCGAGAUGGCCGCUCCUCAGACUCCGGGUCCUUACCUGCACGCUCCUGUGCCUCAGCAGCCUGGCGGUCUGGGUCCCAACCUGAGAAUCGACACCCAGGCUGGCUUCGGUCUGGACAUGCGCCAGUACCCCAUGUCGGCGACGACCGCUUCCCCGUCUGAGUUCCCUACGAGCCCGGCCUUCUUCUCCCAGCCUCCUGAGCCCAGCCCUCUGCCGACGUCCAACUACAACACUCCUUACGGAAGCGCCUUCCUCUCUCCCAUGACGAACCCCUCCAACAACAUGAUUCCCCCUUCCGUCUCCCCGUUGUCCUUCGGUAGCCAUCACGAGCCGUCGAUCGUUGAGCAGUCGCCGCCCCUGUCCAUGCUCGGCAGACCUGCUUCCGCCGACAUCUACCCCCAAGGUGACAACGGUUCCUGCGCGGUUUCCGACGACGGCACUGGCCUGAACGAGAUGUACUCGAAGCACACCAUCAACCUGCCCAUGCACCCGCACUCCCCUGCUUUCGUCGAGCCUGGCCAAACCGACCUCGACAUGAACCAGCUGGUCCAGUUCGACCAUGUGGACCCCAACUCUUUGUCACCUGACUCCAUGUCCCAGGUGCCUCAGCACCACUGA